AUGGCCACCACAGAGCCAGAGAAGAUCUGGACUGAGAAAAACAGCCGCCAUUCUGUCAACAUCGGCUCUUCUUUGGGCAGGGCUCUCAAAAAUAGGAAAAACAAGGACUCCCCAGCCCCUGCAAAGAAAUCAGCUCUUCCUGAGCGCGAUUUCUUCUCUUUUAAAUUCAACUUCAAGCCGAAAGAUGUCGACCUUACACAGCCGGCUACCCUGGACAUCAGACAAGGCGCUGAAACGACACAGGUCAAAGUAGAAUAUCCCAGCACAACAAACCCCGAAAUUGCCCAUCCAUUUAGUGGAACUGAAAUUCCAGCUAAAGAAGUGGACUGCAUCCUGAUGUACGAUACAGAGACUGGGACAUAUACACUAGAGAAGAUGGACUCGUUUGUAACGUAUACGUAUGAAGGAAAGCCUGUUGCUUCUCGCCGCACGGCGUCUCCUUCACCAGGAGCCUCGAUACCUUCGUCUUCUACAAGUGCUGCGAAUACCAAGCAAGAUGAUUAUAAAAUGACUCUGGAGGACUUUGGCAUGGAAGAAGGAGAGUUUGAGGAAUAUGACGGAACUAAACCUAUCCCCAUCUCCUACAUAGAACCAGUGAAGGAAGAGGAGGAAGAAGAGGAAGGAGAAGAGAUAGAGAUACCCUUACAUCAAGCCCGCAUACAGAAGCCACCACCACCUACUGUUACCCGCCCUGUCAAAGCCCUACCCAAACCCAGAGCAAAGUCGAAAUCUCCCCCACUCUCCAAGUCUCAAUCAUCAAUGCCUCCACCUCCAGUACCUGCGUCCGCUCUGGCUUCUGCAUCUGCCAGUUCACAUCCUGCACCAUCCAUUAAAACCAAACCUGCCCCUGCGAAAACAAAGAAAGGCAAAGCUCCCGCACCUGUUCCUGCGCCUGUACCCAAACCUACACCUCCGGCACCCAUGCCUCUGGCCUCAUAUCCAUCAGAAGAGAUCAUAGAAAUUGUUAGACCCAUCAAAAAGCAAAAAACCUCGACUCCCCAACAACCUCCACCGACACCAGCACCUCCAGUGCGUUCUGGCAUUGCGUUACCCGAUGGAAAUUCUGGGUUUGUUACUCUGCCAUCUGCACCUCCAGCACCUCCGCCGCCUGCGCCAGUACAAGAAGCAGAGUCUUCAGACGAAGAGGAAGACUGGGAACCAGUCCCCACUGCGACACCGACGAUCCCGCAAGCGUCCAUGUCAAGCUUCAGCCACCAUACUCUCGACCUCGAAGACCAGCUUGAGGAUGAGAUAUUCGGCGAUGGAUUUGGGGAUGAAGAAGGAGAGGGCGAUGGCGACGAUAGUGAGAUUGAUCCGGAUGAUUUUGCGAGGCAGAUGGAGGAAGAAGAGGACUUUUUGGGCGCUGCGAUGUCGCCCGCGCCAUCUGAACAAACUCGCCGGCCUAUUUCGCUCAAUGAAUUGGCUGGUGGUGUUCCAUUGGGAGAUAGUGACGACGACUUUUCGAGCAGCGACGACAGUGAGGAUGAUUGA